AUGGCAGAGACAAAAAGCGAGUGUUACUCUGACGAUGAUGGCUUUCCAGAAACAGAUGUAACUUUGCUUGUAGAAGAUAAGAAAAUUCACGUCAACAAAGCUGUCCUUUCCCAGCAUUCACCGGUGUUUAGCGCCAUGUUUUCCGGAAGUUUUAAAGAAAGUACUGAAAAGGAGAUAACGCUGGGUAACAAAAAUGCUAAGGAUUUUAUUGCGUUUCUUCGAUGUUUUUAUCCAAACAUGAAACAUGCAAUCAGAGAACAAAAUGUGCUGCAGAUACUACCUUUGGCACACGAGUACCAGUCUCCUCUUGUAUCUGCCUGUGAAAAGUUUAUGGUAAGCAUGUGUCAACCAGGAACUGGUCUGACAGUGACAACAUUACUGGAUUACAUCUUAGCAGCCGAAAAAUAUGACUUAAAUACGUUCUUGGAUACCGCAGUGGAAUUUUGUGGCCAUGUCGAAUUUUGUCUUCUCAAUGGAAGGACGUUUGAAGGAAAAAAAGUAACAGUAAUGAAACCUGGAAUGGAAUUUGUUACAUUUGAAUGGAUUGAAAAUGUUCAGGAGAUUGAACAUAUUUCUUCAAAAUUUUUAGAGAUGGAUAUAAAAUUACAGCAUGCAAUAUCUGUCAGAAGACUUCAAAUUCUUGAAAUGAAUAAAAGAAAGGAGAAAAAUAAUACUGAAGAGGAUUAUGUUAUUAAUUUAUCAUAG